UUUAAAUGGUCGUAUUCAUACCAAAAGCAUUAGUUACAACAGUCGCGCUAUUGAGCACAGAACAAUGCUCACACUGUGCCUUUUUAUAAAAAACAUAUGGGACUCCUGGGGAGGCCAUUGCGGGCUCUAACGUUAUGCUUUGCUCCUUUCCUUUGAACGCUGUGGGCGGGGCCUCGGUUCCGGAGGCCUCAGCCCAGCGAGCUCGCUCCGAGGCGCGCUCUGAAUGCAAGCUACUAAUUUCUGCCUUUCGCCCAGUACAGUCCCCCUCGCAUUCGUCCAUUAUGUAUUCUCAGAAACGCGUUGAACGCCGUCUAGUAAGCCAAUGGGAAUUGUGUAUUUCAAACAAAAGCACUCCCUGCUUGGUUGGACAGGCGGAGCUUGCGGGCGGGGAGACGGGGGUGUUUGCUUUCUUCCGGUGAAAUGGAACUUCGGUUUUGUACUGGGGUUUUCGUUUGUUUGUUUUGUUUUGCUGAAGUAAGUAUGAGGGGUCUGUGCCGACUCUGCCGGACCCAAAAGUGGGACCACGCCUUGCGCGCCGGCCCUUCCCUCUGGCCUGCUCUUUGGCGCCCCAGUUCUCUGCCUGCCACACUGUUAUUUCUUCAGAGGGCAAGAAUGAGCUCACUACAGAUGUUCUUUGUUGGAGCUCACCGCAGAUGUUCUUUAUUGGCACCAGGGGCCUGGACCUGAAACGGGGGAACGCAGCUGCGCGGGGCCGCCAGCAGGGGGCACUGGACUUUCUCUUGGGUGAGCGCCUGUGCCUGCGCCCGCCCGCUCACCCCGGGCUCGCCCCCGCCGCCUGGGCCGCGUCCUGCGAGCCCUGGAUGUUGGGCCCGGGGGCUGGAGCUCGGCCGCUUGCUUCGGUCCGGCGCCCAAGGAGGGAAGGCUGGCUCGCUCUCCUUCGCCACGAGGCCUUCUUUGGAAAAUGCGCAGAGCAGCGCGGGGGAGGGCGCGCGAGCAUGGCGAAGCGGCCCGCCUCGGCUCCCAGCGAGGAAAAGGGCGGCGCGGGUCCGUGCCGGGGCUUCUGCCCGCUUCCUCAGCCGCCCGCGCCUUCGUGUCCUCGCCGCACCCCCUCCGCGCGACCCCCCGGCUGCGGCUGCAGCGCCUUCCGGCUUUGCGGAGGCCCGGCGACGCCUGGAGUUGUUGCCAGGCAACAAGCCGCCCGCGCCCGCCGCCGCUCUGCGGGCGGAUUCAGUGAGCGCGCUCCUCUCGCUCGGCUGGGAAUUGACGCGGCGGGAGAGGCAGCGUCCGCGCGGGCGCGCUCUGCGGCUUGUCCUGCUGCGCACGGGGCGCGCCGCCCGCGCCUCCUCGGGGUCCCCGGGGAGCGGGUGGCCGUGCUGCCCACUCAGAGGCAAAUCAGAAGCCGUGUAGGAAAUUUAGGUCAGGGGAAGCCGAGGCGGUGGAGCGAGGUGCCAGGGAAACUGGCGGCCUGGGGAGGCGGGAGGAGCGCUUGCUGUGAAAUCCUCUCGAGACCUGCGCAGCGUUACCGUCACGGUCUGGCCGCAGCUAGGGGUCACCAUGGAUGUUCAUCGCUUGUCUUUGGUUCAAGUCCGGAGGUGUGGCAGUCCCGGAGAGGGAGCCCAGUUCAAGGCAGAAGGCCAUCUGGAAAGCCGCAGAGGAUGUACGAACGCAUUUCGAAGAGUCUCUUCCAGGAGUAGAGCGGAGAGAAGAAAGAGGCGUGGGAGGAGGAAGAAAGAAUACGGGCCCCGGGUGGGCACAGCAUUAGACUGUGUGUUGAGGGCUGGUUUCACCCCUCCUGAAUAAUUAGCAGUUUAGGUCUAAAGGAUUGGGUAUGGAUGCUGCAGGAAUGUAGGUUAAGAAAAACUUUGUUGUUUCUGUUUUAAUUAAUGUGAUAUCACAUAGAGAACAUGGGAUAGUUUCCCUUUUGUGGGAAUGUUUUUCCUAGUACAGCCAGUUAUUCACAUAUGCAAGUAAUACGGUAAAAGGAUGCUGAUCAUGUUAGAACAAAUCCGCAAAUCAGUCCUGUGUGGUUGUGGAACGCAGCCGUGGGCCCCUGUGGAGCCAGCUCAGCACCCCGGGAUUUCUUAGGUGAGCCCUGCGGCUCAGGAAGAGCCUGACCCUCCCUCCCCGAAGCCUCGGGGUGGGUUCUUCUAGUCUGUGUCCCUUGGAGGAAGGAGAGAGCUUGGAGAAUUUGGGCGACUCACCUGUGGUCACGAAAUCAGUAAAGGUCUGAGCUGAGACCACCUGUUCGCUGAGCACCGUGGAAAAGAGCCCCAGGAUGUCUUCCCAACUCACUAGCUGUGAGGCGCGGACAGGUGGCUUACAACGCCUCCAAGGCUUAGUUUCCUGCUGAGUACAUACCUUGCAAAGCUGGUUGGUAACUACAAAGUGCUUAAAACGCUGCCUGGCACUGGCUUAAUAGGCACAGAAUUUAUAUAUCUCUCCCAUGUUCUGAAUCUCCAUUAGGAGAGUCUGAGUAAUAGCACCACCUUCCAUUAAAAGAAAUGUAGAACUUAAUUAAAAAGUCUGCUCAGGCUGACUCAUGCACACCUACGUCAACAGUUAGCUUCUCACUGAAAGGGAGUUGUUCUCCCCGUGACAGUUACCUGCUGAGUUAACCUGUGACAAGUGAAACUGCUUUAACAAUUUUUUUGUCAGUUGUUGAGAAUACCUUCUGCAGGUGUGCUUACUGCUGGGUAAUUUUUUUUUUUUUAAUUAAACAUACAGUUCUUGAAAACUUUAUAACUAAUUUCCUACUGACUACCUUAUGGUUUGGAAAGUCUUGGCCUGUGAGGAAAUAGCAGCGAUUUCUAACACCUGAGCUUUAGGCUUCCCGAUCCUAAAUUCUUGCUAAAUUUUGUUUCACUUGGAGACGUGCAGGAAAUCCUUCAGAAAGAGAAUCCUGUGGCUGUUUGAAUAAGCCUCCUUUGAUGGAAGUGUGCAAUAAAUGUUAGUUACUAUUA